CCGCCUUCCUGCCAUGGCUUUCGUCGUCGACGUCGUCUCUGAAGACUCCUUCUAUGAGAACCUCACUCUGGGUCUCAUUCGCCUGCUGGAGUCGCGGCCCGGGGUGAAGGAUGUGUCGCUGGAGCGCCGGCUGCCGUGCGAGCGCGCGCUGCUGGGCGCCUGGGAGCAGCGACACUGCUGCGCCCUGCCGGCGGACCUCAGGCACUUCUACGCCUCCACCGACGGCUUCCUGCUCACCUGGAGCUACGAGUACGCAGGCGAGGUGCUGCCGCUGGGCUGGUUGGGCGUGAACGCACUGGCCGAGCUGCGCCGGCUGACGGGCGUGCGCUGCGCCGACGACUGUCCCCAGCUGCCUGAGCUCGACACCGCCGCCAGCGCCGCCACCGGCAGCGCCAAGGACCAGCAGCGCACCACGCCCUCCUUCACUGCGCGCUGCAAGGUGUUCGAGGUGAGCGGCGUGCGGGGCGGCGGGAAGGUGUGCCUCGUCUUCCCCGAGGGCCACAUCUGGCUGCUGGACCGCAGCUUCCAGUGGCACCACCUGGCCGACAGCUUCAGCUCCUACUUCCGCAUGAUGCUCGUGCACCAGGGCCUGCCGCAGUGGCAGCUGCGCUUCACCACCAUGGGGCUCACGCCCUGGGCCGAGCAAAUGAUGGUGCUGGUGGCGCCGCACCUGGUGCAGCAGGCGGCGUCGCCGGCGCCGGUGGACUGGAGCGAGGCGCCGCUCAACCACCUGGACCCCGCCGUGCUGAAGGCGCCCGCCCAGUCCGGCGCCGGCCGCGCCGCGGCCAGGAAAAUGAAUGACUUUGCACCAAUGUUACGGGCACCCAAGGUUUACCAGGUGUGUAAAAGGGAGACUGGUCAGCGACAGGGAGGCAGCACGUGUGCGGGGGUGGAGGGCCUGCGGUUGGCCGGCGAGGCCAGCAGCGGCGGAGCGGUCAAGGCCGGCGGGCGCACGUGCAGCCCACGUGUCGGCAGUGGCCAGCGGUCACGGGCCGUUCACACGGCGGCCAGCUAUGAUAUGCGCGGAACUUGCGCCAUGCCGCCUCCCACUGCACUCAGGUGGCAGAUCCCCGUAUCAGAUCGGCCGAGAACAGGAACAGCCAACGUGACAUUGAAUGUUCGUCUAGAGAGAUUCCCAAAAUAA